AUGAAAAUAGAAACGUUUUCAUUUCGUGUAACCGAACAUAUGACUAAUGUAGACUGUACCACGUAUGAAAUUUUGCCAAAUGAAUUAUGGCUGAGUAUAUUUCAAUAUUUUAAUACAUAUAAUAUCUUUUAUACAUUUUUCAAACUCAAUAAACGAAUCGAUAGUCUCAUAGUUAAUGAGAACAAUCUUCAUGUGGCAUUAUAUAAUGACUUUGACUAUGAAUGGUGCACAGAAAUAUUCUUACAAUCAAUAAAUUCAUUUUCACAAGUAAAAUCAUUAACAUUGGCAAAUUCUAGAUUAUUAGAACAGUUUCAUGAAAUCUAUCCAAUUUAUAAUUUUACUCAAUUACAUACUCUUAAAUUCCUCUGUCCGGUUAAACUUACAUUAUUUCACGAUGUUUUAUGUAUGACCACACUGAAAUCAUUCAGUUUUGUCUAUAAUAAUGCUUCAAAUUUCGAAGCACAAUGGAAAAGUCUAUGUUACAAUCAAUCGAACUUAACGUCCACAUUAACUCAUUUAACUAUUAAAUUUGACAGAUACAACACAAUAUCUGAUUCUGAUGAAAUGGUAAAUACAAACUCUAAAACAGUGGUUCAACCUAACUGUAUCGAGCGGCUAAUUAUACGUUAUCUAUCAAAUAAAAGUCGUAUUACAAUACUUCCAUUAUUCGGACAAACACAAUUUUUGACAUUAGGCUUAUUCUGUGAUUACCCAUUACCUCUAAUGACUACAAAGCCAUUCAUUUUAAACAAUUGUAUAAAGAUGGAACUUGAUUUGUAUAAAGAUAUUACUUAUCAACAAAUAGAAUCAAUCUUAAAAUUAGUACCCCACAUAAAAUAUUUGAGCAUCAUACAAGAAGACUAUCCAGUACAAGAAGCCGGUAGACAUUGGCAAUAUCUCUUAGAAAACAUAUGCAAAAAUGUUCUCAAGUUCAGGUUACUAAUUCGGUUUACUAAAGGUUAUGGUUCUCCAGAAUAUCAUCUAUCUUAUUGGAAUCAAGAUACAUUUCGAACCCUAUAUUGGUUCGAAAGAAAGACAAAAACUAAAUAUCUAGAUCAUGCAUUUCCUGGAUUUGUUGUUAAUUUUGAUAUUCGAAAGAAGAAUUCUAUUUGA